AUGGCCGACUGCGGACUUCCUUUCCCCGUCGUCUGCAUCCAAUGUGGUCGAGACGUCGGUCUCUGCGGCAUCAAGAUCGUCGGACCCACGAUCGGAUUCUGUGUCGCUGUUCUAGCUGCAGUCAUAUGCUGGCCUAUCGCACUCUUGUUUUGUUGCUUCACAGAGACGGGAAAGAAGUAA